AUGAAUUCCCUGAAGCGAUACUGCUGGAACCCGGAGCAUGCACCCUAUGGAUUCCAGACUUUACGCUCUCUGAUCGAGUGCCGGCCUACAGAACAACGUAAAGAGCUUUUCGACCUCCUUCUGAACUUUGCCUCUGUGGACGACACAAAGAUCCGUCAGGCUGCCCUAACCGCCGUCACGGAAUUGGCUCAGUCAAACGCCAAGUGGCAGGAUCAGAUUGAGGUUUGUUCCCCCCCCCUAUCCCCACACCCCUAA